AUGUGCAGCACAUCCUUGCGAGUGACCGGCAAGUGUCACCGGCCACUGCUACAAGCAGCAGGCGCGCCCGACGCGCCGUUAGCGCCUGAGGAGGCAGAGGGCACAUUGCAUACCGUAGUGGGCAUCGAAGCGCUUCUGCGUGUUCCUGGAGGAAGAGUUACCAUCCGGGCAAAAGGCGCCCUCCGCAGAAGAGCUGCACUGCUGGACGACGCUGAACAUGCAAGUACUGGAAAGCAGUGCGAGUCUGCUAUUAGGAAUCCGGCGCCCGCCGAUGUCUGCAACGCCGUGUCGCGUCACGUGGGUGCUAGACGCACACUACGGCCCAACCCGCACUGCAAGCGUGGAAGGCGGCCUAAGAAAGAUAUCACUCACAACUUUACAAUACUCUUGAGCGUGCCAACUGUACAACCCUCUUUCACACUACGUCUCCUCGUGAAGAUUCAGUGGAGUGCUUGGCGCUGCGCACCUGCAGGCAGAGGACGCAACCGCGUUGCAGGCGGCGCAACUUCCGGUCUUACAGUACGACGAGCCGCCGAGCGCCAGUAUGAGCACAUCUCCCCUUGA